AUGGCGUUUUUGUAUCAGGUGCUUAAGGAUGUCUGCGAGAAACAGCCUUACAAUGUGGGUAAAAAUACAUUAAAUUCGGUAAGCAGCGUAAUUAACAAACAUCUUUGCUCAGGUCACGAGGGCUUUAAAAAGCUUUUCGACGAGUUGCCUGCUCGCAUCGCGGGGUAUAACAGGGAAGUGCAGGAGGGGAAUGAGAGGGUGAAAGGGCCGAUUGAAAAAUUACAAGAAGAUAUGGAAGAGCUUAAAAAACAGGUGAGUGAAAAUCUAAAUGAUAAUGCUUUUUCAGGUGAAAUUGAAGCUUCUGCUAAGGUGAACGACGCCUGGCACUUGGUGCGUAGCUGCCUCGACAAUACGCUAACUUUAGAAAAUAGACUUUUUGACGCGCGUAAUAAUAUUUUUAACCUAAAUAGUACAUUGUGUGAUAAAGUUAGAAAUGCAAAAGGGACUAUACAACAUGAGCGAGAUAGACUGGACAAGUUGUCAAGAAAAAAAGAAAAUGACCUAAAUAAUAUGAUAAAAACAGUUAAUGACAGCAUGGAGCAUAUUAACACGUACGUGCAAGUAGAAAUCAGAGAGCGUGUCGAGACCCUCGUUGAGAAACUAAUAGAAAAAAUCACACCCAUCAAAGCUAAACUGGUGUCUAUGAAUCACGAUCUCUCGAAACAUGCCAGCAACUUAACACAAUGGAUUAGUAAGACAAAAAGAUAUAUUGAUGAGGUUAGGGAUAAUGAUGUUCAGAAAAUUGUAAACAGGGAGGUCGGUUCAGAUUACCGCAUGGAGAUCGAACAUGUUGCUAAGGAGUUGAAAGGAUGGAUAAUAUCUCUCGGAGCGCAUGUGGAUGAUAUGAGGAUGAAAGUUUCUGAAUUAGUGCAAACGGCGGCGGACGCCCUUAAAGGGUUAGAUGCACAGCUUGUAAAGGAUUUGGCGAGUAUGCGAAGAACAAUUAAAGCUUCAGUAACGGACUACGCCAAAGAAUAUGUUAACUCAAUUAAGAAGCACAUUGGAAGGAUUAAAGAGCAGGUCGAGGGGAAAAGUAAGUCAACUGGUAUAUACUAUGAUUGGGAAAAACUCAAAGUAGAUAUAACUACUCGUUCUGAACAAAUUCUUAAUGGUGGUAGUUAUAAUGCAUUCAAAUACGAUGGUAUCGGCUCUAUCCAGACAAAGGUGAAUGAACACAGUAAAAAGUUUCAGAAUAAGGCGAAUGAUGGCUCUGGUUUUACUAGCGUAGUGCAUCAGUGGAUUGAUUACAUUUUGCUAAACGAACCGGUUAGUGGGUACAUUAAAAAUUUCGUUGGGAAUAAAAGUCAUCUACAACCGAUAUAUCAAAACAAUGAUAAUGGAACAUAUACUCAGCUAAAUAAAAAAAUAAGAGAUGUUAUCAGUGAGAAGCUUGUUAGCGACAUUAACGGAGCCAUCCUCGGCGCUGGAACAGCCGAUGGAAAAACAGGUAUGGAAAAAAACAUUUGCAUCAUCCGGAAGGUUUGCAAUAGCUUUUCAGACGCACUUGGUAGAUGUAUAAAGACUAGGAAAAUCGGCAAUGUCGAAAUCAGUAACAUAGCUAAUGAAAUCAAUAAUUUUGUUAAAAAUAACACGCAUAACGGAGAUUUAGUCUCUCUCGACGCCGCUGUCUCUUCCAUCUUAUUGCAGCUCGUAGGUGUGGCGAGAACAGCCGGUAAGGCGGUCGAAUCACUUACGGGUGAUGACCAUUUCAAGCUGGGAAAUACCUUGUUUAUGGCCAUAGAAAAAGUAAAAUCAAUCCAAAAGAAUCUCGAUACCUCAGCCGGUCCAAAAAUCAGCAACGCGUUGGAUACAGCAAAAACACAAAUUUCCAACCUUAACAGUAGCCUAGAGAAAGCGCUUGGCGGAGAUGCCACGAUCUCCAAUCAAGAUGUUGACAUUAAACAGUCAAUCCAUGGGACAUUCGCUGAGAAAGUGCAGGAAGUGUUUAAGAAACCAACGUCAACUAGCGUCGAUCUCGGCGAUGAUAUAACCGUAGACAGAACGUUGACGAAUUACGUAGAUGAGCAACAUGGAAAAGGUAAAGUUAACAGCGCCCUUGAUGCCAUCACCAACUACUCUGCUAAGGUAUUUAAUGUCGAGGCAACCUUACAAAACCUGAAAAAGUGGUCAACUAAAAUCAACGACAAUAUCAACUACCUCGUAGCAGCAUUUGCCAUGACGGGCCGACAAAUAUACCGUUGUUUGCACAUUGUGACAAACGAUCGGAUUGAUGCAAAGCUCGCCAAGAUUAGAGACGAAUUAGAAACUUUGCAAAACGGUCUGCUCACUGAUGUUCUCAAUGAUUUAAACAGCUGUUUGGAAUCGGAGGCCAUAGAAUUACGCGAUAGCACUAUAUACUUCAUCGAAAAAUACAUUAACUCGAAACUAAAAGACGCUACCUCCACCCUCACCACUCUGGCGCGGAAACAAUACGUCUCCUCCGUAAAGGAUUUGCUGACGGCCUUCGCCCAGAAGGUCACCGAGGAAUUGUCACCUCUGCCGGAUCUAAUCGAAAAGGACAGGAAGGAGGGAUUUAAAGGAUUCAUGCGGGCGUUGCAGGGGAGGAUUAAUGGUAAUGAUACGUCGAAUGUGAAUAUGCAAUUACUUAAAGAAGUUGCAGACGAACUAUCCCGGCCACCACUGGAUAAUAAAGCAACGUUUCAAAAGUUGUCCAAGAAUUUCCAAAAGUUUUUCUGGCCGCUUAAGGCAUAUAUUAACGGUGAAAUUAAGAGACUACAUAACGAGGAAAAUAAAAAGAACCAAAAGACUCCAACUGAAGAGACGCUAUACACCUCGAUGCUUGGUGACAUCAAUGCCUCAUUUAAUGACUUACUUGAUCACCUCAAGGAAACAAAUAGGUACGAUAGUCAGGUACCUGAGAUGCUCGAUAAGUUGAGUGGCGCGAUCAGCAAAAUGAAACCGGAAGACUUCUCUAAGCCAAACACUCCGACAAUGGACAGUGUCACCGGAGGUUUGUCCCAGUUUGUAGACGAAUUGAGGAAGGUUUACAUAAGCGUGUAUGAUCAUCAGACGUUGAAAGGCGAGCUAAUUAAAGACUAUAAACAAGAAUCUAGUCUAAGGGGGGUAGUGGAGAAGUAUGACUUGACUGCGGAAGGAAGGGAUUUGUCAAAAGUCUUCCUCACCAUGAUCUCAAUCAUGUCUAACGAUGUUAGUGAAAUGCGAUCAAAAUGCGUCUAUUCAUGGAAAACGUUUAAACUUAACUUACAUGACAAAAAUAAUCCUCUCGGAUUGUGCUUUAAAGGGGUCGGUUACGCUGUAUCAGAUUCUGCCAGAAUGCAAAACGGUGAACUGCGUAAUGAAAUGAGUUGCCAAAGUAUUAAUGAGAAAUUAAAAGCAAUGGUCAACGGAAGUGAGAAGCUUAAACAAGUCAAACAUUGGCUGUCAUCUAACCACAAUCGUGAUAAUGGCGAUGAAAAAACUAUCAGCGCAAUUGACAUACUUGACUUCCUGUAUGAUUGCCUUGAAACGUAUUACCGUGUCUGCCACGUAACCAGUUCCUCAACCGGCAGACAUCCAUCGUCCGUCUACGAUAUGCUGCUUUGGCUGACUGGUCUCACGCAUAAUCGCGUGUACACAGAACUGACACUCAACGGCUUCGAAGAUCUAUUUGAAAAGCCGGACGAAGGUGCCGUUGAAGCUAAUACGGAAGACGGUAUAGCUGUUGGUGUUGAAAAAGAAGUAUCCCUGGCAGCCUAUCCUCACGAUAUCACGGCUCCAAGAUUAUCGGCCAGCCUUCGCGAUGUUUGUGUCUACUCGGAGACCAUACUAGUUGCCGUACUAGGCUAUGGUCACGCAGAAGGACGUUACGCUUGCGACUUCAACACCAACGCAGAUAAAUUUGCAUAUCCCGCCGAUAUGAUAACACUAGUAUGCUGCUUGUUUGAUAUCGUGACACGCGUUCACCAUCAACUUUAUUUCCUGUAUCGUCAAUGUUAUUCCAGUGAUCUCAGCGGCUGGGCCAACUGCUGGUAUGGUCGUGAUAUCGGUGGGUCUAACUGGAAGUGCAACAACAUCCAAUGCCCUGAGCAACGUGCUGACCAAAGUCAUAACCAAAGUUGUAACCAAAAGUGCAACCAAACAGUCAACUGCGGGCUUAAGUCGCCGCUUCAAUCGUUUUUAGAAGAUGGGUUGCAGGGUUUCCUACCGCAUCAUCUAAAAUUCGAGAAAGGUAAACUGCAAUGUUCAUUAAAAAAUCACUCCGGUGGUCCUUGUAAUACGCCCAUGGGAUUCGGAGAAAUUAGUCAAAUGGCGUCACACAGAUACACUGGUGAACAUAUAUUGAAUACGCUUCAUGAAUUCUGCGGUAGCAAAAUGUCGCCUCUAACAAAACUCUGCAGUCAACUCAAAUGCAUCCUCCCUAGUGCACCGAAAACUUUAGGUGACAUGUUCGCUUUCUAUUGCACUCUGCUUAAUGAGUGGGACAAGGCUGCCGGAACACGUCAGAUGCACAGGGAAGACGCAUUCCAUAAAGCUGUCAUGGAUUCUAACUUCGAGAAUCCCCAAACCGAAUUGGACAUCACUACCAUAUUCAAGCACAGGGACCAUGGCACGAAGCCCCCAAGCCAGAAGAGCUCGCAUAUUACGGGCGAUCUAUACGCACUUGUUGAUUGCCAUACCAAUUCAUCAUCUGUUUCAUCUCAUCCUUGCGGUCCAUACUUGAGGCCGAUUUGUCAAGAUAUGUGCGCUACUUUCACAAAAGAAAAUGCAGACAAAUAUCUGUCUUGGAUUGUCUACUGCACAGAGUCAUUCCUUGAUUUGCUAAAACAGCUGUACAAAGAAUGCGCUACUAACUGCAAUUCUACUGGCUCUAGGUGCCGUGUCAGUAAAUGUAGGAAUAAAUGUACAGCAACUGAGUUGCCGAUGUCUCCAGGUUCUGCUCAUGAUGAAUCAUGUGGAUCCAUAGUUGACUGCAAAUUCAUGCGUCCCACUUUCUACAAAUAUGGUUUCGUACUUGGAGAUUGCAAUAGUCUAUCUGCCAAGACAACCAAGCGCACGUGCAAAGAUUUGUGUAUGGUAUUGAAAAGCGUUACCAAUGAAAAAGAAGUAGAUGGGCAUCCGCUUGCCAAAUUGGUCCAUGUCACAAUACCCCAAUUCAUCUUCCAAAUUCGCGCCCCCUUCAUCUGGCUCAACGUAGCGCUCUGGCUCCUCUCUGUCCUGUACCUCAUCCACAUCAUGGUCAUCCGCCUCGACCUGCUCCACAUCAAAUCGCAUUUGCAUAGUCCCUCGAGUCAUCGUAUCGCUGCUCAGUCACUACUUGCUGCUGGACGUGUUAACAAGCUUAACAGGGUGUUUUACCUGCAACCAUAA